CCUUCCGCCUCCGAGCCCCGUGCUCCAUCGCUAGGCCGUGCUGCUUCUCCAGGAAGGGAAAAGUAGGGAAGGGCUAGGAAAGGGGUUCGGCUCCUUCUUCCUCCUCCCCUUUCCCGCCGAGGCCCGCACUGCGGGAGGGCAGGGGCGACUGGGUUCCUUCGGGGAGCCGGGCCCGCUCAGACCCAGGACCUGAGGGGAGAGAGAGGAAGAGAGCGGGCGCCUGGGAGGGAGCCGGCCCACGGCCAUCUCCAGGGCGACGAGCCUCGCAACAAGAUGGCGGAGGAGAAAGACAACGCAGCUGUGGUAGGAGAGAUACAGAAGAAGAUCAAAGAUGCUUUUGAAGUUUUCGACCAUGAAACUAAUAACACUGUGGAUGUCAGGGAGAUUGGUACAAUUAUCCGGUCACUGGGGUGUUGCCCAACUGAAGGAGAGCUACAUGACCUAAUUGCAGAGGUAGAAGAAGACGAGCCAACUGGAUAUAUCCACUUGGAAAAAUUUAUUCCGAUGAUGACCAAAGUAUUGAUGGAAAAGAGAUAUAGGCCGAUUCCAGAAGAUGUCCUUCUUCGUGCAUUUGAGGUCUUAGACCCGAGUCAACGAGGACAUCUGACUAAAGAAGAGCUUGUCAAGUUCAUGACCGAAGAAGGCGAGCCUUUCACACAAGAGGAAAUGGAGGAGAUGCUGUCUGCUGCUGUGGAUCCAGAAUCAAACGUCAUUAAUUACAGAGACUAUCUAUCGAUGAUGGUGGUAGAGGACAAUUAAAGUGUCACAAAAUAGAUUGGGCCACCUCUAAUGAAAAUGAAAUCUUUUUUUAAAUUUUAAUUUGCAGUUUAUUUACUUGAAUUUCUUUUCCUGGUUAGUGGGUAGCUACUCUCCGUAAAACUCUUAGAAGAUGUGAAGAGUGCCUUAUCAACUAGGAUAAUCAAGAUGAUUCUAGCAAAUAAAGACAUGAGGCAAGCUGUG